UGGAGGCCGCGGCCGCCUGAGGGGCGGGUGCGCUGCUGGUGCUGCUGCGGAGGCUGCCGGUGCUGCCGGGCAGCCGCCGGCUUACUCGCGUCCGCCGCCCGCGCGGGACCGCCGGUCGCCGUCCAGUUGCUCUGCCAGCCGCGGCGCCACGCGGGGACUCAGGCGUUCUUGCGAUGGUUUUCCUGGUCCUGUUAACCGUCAUUUCUUGCAGAGGUCUGUAGUGGUGAGAUUGGACCUCCUAACCCUACGGAUACGUUCACAAGAGCAGUGAUUCCCAGGUUUUCUCAGCAAUGUACUCCAUUUCCUGGCACACUUAACCACUGAUCUCCUUACAAGAAGAAAAUUUUGGUGAAGAGUUACCCAGCAAGGAAAGGACGUGUGGCUGUUAAGAUAGACAAGAAGAAAGGAGGCAAAUUCCAGCCUUUUAAGAAGUUGUUUGGCCGAAGGAAAAAGAAAGACCCUUCGUCGUCCCAGGAGGCGUGUGCAGGGGAUAAGAGUCGCUCUCCCCGGAGGGUCAGCAAUGGGACCUUCUCUUCAGAUGAGGAGACCCUAGAAGACAACCUAAGGUCCUUCAACUAUUCUAUGGGAACCCGGGCAUUUUCCCAUGACAGUAUUUUUAUCCCUGAUGGGGGAGCAGAAAGUGAGCAGACAGUUCAAGCAAUGUCACAGGACAACAUCCUGGGCAAAGUCAAAACUCUUCAGCGACAGUUGAGCAAAAACAUCAAGUUUGGGCGGCCACCACCCAGUGCCAUUCCCAUGAAGAAGGCAGACAGUGGUGAGGCCAGCUUAGAAGAGGAUCUGCUCCUGACCAGUCCCAUGGAGAUUGUGACUCACGAGGACGUCCCCCUCUCAGACACCGAGCACAAACCCAGUGACCCUCCAAGUUCUCAGAGUCCUCUGAAUCUGCCUGGAGCCAGGAGUGAGAUGGAAGACAAGGUGGCUCCCGUUAAACCAUCUCGGCCAAAAAGGCACUUGUCUUCUGCUGGAACCAUCGAAAGUGUCAACCUAGACGCCAUCCCCCUAGCCAUCGCUCGCCUGGACAACAGUGCCGCCAAGCACAAGCUGUCCGUAAAGCCAAAAAACCAGAGGGUGUCCAAGAAGCACCGGCGACUUGCCAGGGAUGGACCAAAUGAACAUGGUGGCCUUCCGUAUCAGCUCUCGCCAGACCAGAACGGACACUCGGGAGAAGACAAGCCAGUCUGGCAUGAAGAAGAGCCAGAGCUGCUGGACUCUGAAGAAGAGAAGAGGUGCCAAGAGGAAUACUGGCUGGAACUUGAGGCCAAGUGCAAACGGCAGAAGGCCGAGGCAGCAGAGAGGAGACGUCUGGAAGAGCAGAGACUCCAGGCCCUGGAGAGGAGGCUUUGGGAGGAGAACAGAAGGCAGGAACUCUUGGAGGAGAAAGGAGAAGACGAGGGAGAUGGGGCAGAACUACAGCUGGAGGCAGAAGAGAGGCAGCGCCAAGAGGAGAGGCAGAGACUGGAAGAGCAAGGGUGGAGGGAUCAGCUCAGGAGGCAGGAGGAGCUGGAGGAGCAGCAGAGGCUGGAAGCCGAGAAGCAGCGACAGCGGGAGGAGGAGCAGCGGGAAAGGGAGGAGCAGCGGCGGUGGGAGGAGGAGCAGCGGGAAAGGGAGGAGCAGCGGCGGCGGGAAGAGGAGGAGCGGCAGCUGGAAGAGGAGCAGCAGCGGCAAAGGGAGGAGCAGCUGCGUUUGGAAGAGGAGCAGCGGCGUUUGGAAGAGGAGCAGCGGCGGCGGGAGGGAGAGCAGCGGCAGCUGGAAGAGGAACAGCGGCGGCGGGAGGAGGAGGAGGAGCAGCGAGAACGGGAGGAGAGGCGGUGGCUGGAGGCAGAGGCAGCUGCCAGGAGGAGGGCAGAGCUGGGAAAGCGGGAGCAAGUGGAGGCCCUGAGGAGGCUGGAAGGGGAGCGUCGGGAAGCCGCGAGAGUGCACGAGGAGAAGUGGCAGCAGCUGGACGAAAAAAGGGGCUUGAGGAGUCCGAAGAUGGACUUUGCAGAGAAACCCCGGAAACGAGAGCACCUGCAGCCCGAGAAGCAAAGCGAAAGCUCCGAGGAAUCUAAGAUUGGCGAGAAGCAGAGUCAGGAGGCCGCGCCAGCCAGAGAGCAGCAGGGACAGCGCGGGGACGGUCCGGAGCCUGACCGUCGUGCGCGUCAGGAAGAGAGACCAGAAACUAGCGCGCAGCUUCCCCAGAAACAAGAGGCGCAAGUGGAAGAGACUCCCGGGGAGAAGGAGGAAGCCGCUGCCCCAGAAAAAGACAGAAAGGGGGAGGAACUCCGGUGGCAGGAAGUGGACGAGAGGCAGAGCAUGCCAAGGCCCUACACUUUCCAGGUGUCAUCGGGAGGGAAACAGAUUCUCUUCCCCAAAGUCAAUUUGAGCCCGGUGACACCCGCGAGAGAUGCGGGACUUGCCUCUGCUCCCCACGCGCCGAAGACCCCGCGAGCCGGCGCGACCUCCCACGCCCUGCCCUCCUCCCUAAGUGUCCCCCACACAGCCAUUCUGGUCACGGGAGCGCAGCUCUGCGGCCCGGCGGUCAACCUGAGCCAGAUCAAGGACACGGCAUGCAAGUCCCUCCUGGGCUUGGAAGAAAAGAAGCACGUUGACGUCCCCGCCCUGGAGAACCCGCCGCGAGCGCCUGUCGACCCCCGGGCAGGCAGCGGGAAGGUCAGGGCCGCCCAGGAGUCUCCGAGCAGUGCGGCCGCCCUCGCCGAAUGGGCGUCCAUUCGGUCCAGGAUCCUGAAGAACGCGGAGGGCGAGCAGCCUCGGCCCGGUGACGAGCACCCUCCCCGGGCCCGCAGUGAUUCCCGCGGGAACCUCCGGAGGACCCCCCCAGUAAAUGCCAAGUUCUCUAUUAUGCCCGCUUGGCAGAAAUUCUCUGACGGUGGCACCGAGACCUCCAAACAGAACACAGAAACAGAGAGCAUGAGAAAAAGAGCCUCGCUGGGACCCGGGGUGCCCCAGCCCCUGGCUACUAACGAGCUCCCCAAGGGUGCAGAGAAACCAGGGCCAGCAGACACCACGGAGGGGUGCAAAUUUGCCAAAGACCUCCCCUCUUUCCUUGUCCCCAGCCCUGCUUACCCGCCGCAGAAGGCAGUGGCCCAUGCGGAGCCCGGGGCCACUUCGGACGCUGAGACCAGCAGCGGGAGAGGGAAGCCAGACCCCUCGAUGCCCGGCCAGGAGGAAAAAGCCUCACCGUUUGGCAUAAAACUGAGAAGGACCAACUACUCCUUGCGCUUCCACUGCGACCAGCAGACGGAACAGAAGAAGAAGAAGAGGCACAGCAGCACUGGGGACAGCGCGGACGGCGGCCCCCCGGCCCCCGGGGGCACCAGGGGAGAGAAGGAGCCGGAAGCCGCGGCCGCCAAGCCGGGCCCGUCCCUGCCCCCUGAGAGGAAGCCCGGCCUGUCCGCCUGGAAGGACUUGGCCGAAAGGGCCCCCCCUUCUCCCGCCGCCGCCCCGGGGCCCCCGCCGGCCGCGGAGCACGACCGCGCGGCCCACAGAACGCCGCUGGCGCCGAAGCCCGCGCUGGCCCCCAAGCCUGCGGGUCAGACGCCGCCCCCGUCGCCGCUCUCCAAGCUGAGCAGGCCCUACCUGGUGGAGCUGCUGGCCCGCCGGGCGGGGAGGCCGGACCCGGAGCCCGGCGAGCCGGCCAGGGAGCCCCAGCAGAGCAGGGAGCCCCGGCCGCCGUCGCCGCCGCCGCCCCCGGAGCCGAGGAAGGCGCCGCCGAGGGACCAGGAGGAGGCGGUGGAGCCCGAGCGCAAACCCGCUUCCCCGGCUCCGCCGGCCGCCCGGCCGGAGAAGCCCUGCCCGACCCCCGAGCCCGGGAGAAGAGAAAAGCCGGUUCUUCAGAGCAGGCACUCUUUGGAUGGCUCCAAAGUCGCGGAGAAGGCGGACACCGCGCAGCCGCUGUGGAUAACGUUGGCGCUGCAGAAGCAGAAGGGCUUUCGGGAGCAGCAGGCGACGCGGGAGGAGAAGAAGCAAGCCAGGGAGGCCAAGCAGGCAGAAAAGCUCUCCAGAGAGAACGUCGGCGGCGGCCUGCAGCCCGGAGGCGGCGGCGGCGGCAGGGCCGGGUCCCCGCACAAGGCCCGCGCCCCGCCGGAGGAGAAGCAGCCCGAGACGGCCGCGUCCAGGCUUGAGCGCAGGGAGCAGCUGAAAAAGGCCAACACGCUUCCUACAUCUGUGACAGUGGAGAUCUCGGAUUCAGCGCCCCCCGCGCCGCUGGUGAAAGAAGUCACAAAGAGGUUCUCAACCCCGGAUGCUGCCCCUGUGUCAACAGAACCAGCCUGGCUGGCUUUGGCCAAAAGGAAAGCCAAGGCCUGGAGCGACUGUCCGCAGAUCAUUAAGUAGAGUGACUUUCAUCCACUCCUCCUGCCAGCUCUUGGCUCCUCUCUUGCCCUUGUUAUUUAUUUUUUAUAUGAGGUGAAGACACCACACUAGGGAAAAGCAGCAUGUGUUGUAGGCUCUAAAGUCAUGUGCAG